CCCUUCCUCUCUCCAGAAUUGCCAACCCAGCAAUAACUCCUGUCCGAUCGAUCUAUCCGUCGCCCUAACCAAUACCCACUUUGAAAAAAAGGGGAAAAAAUAAUAAGAAGAAAGCUCCCGUGUUCUUCGACCAGAGGUGGUGGUGAGGCGACGCGAACGCGAGGCGAGAUGAGGAGGACGAAGCGGCCGCUCGGCGUGGCGACGGCGUGGGUGCGGCGCCAGCCGCCCAAGGUGAAGGCCUUCCUCGCCGUGGUCACCGGCAUGGCCGCGCUCGUCUUCAUCCGCUUCAUUGUCCACGACCACGACAACCUCUUCGUCGCCUCCGAGGCCGCGCACGCGCUUGGCAUCGGCGUCCUCAUCUACAAGCUCACCAAGGAGAAGACCUGCGCUGGGCUGUCCCUCAAGUCUCAGGAUUUAACUGCGUUGUUUCUAGCUGUUAGACUGUACUGCAGCUUUGUCAUGGAGUAUGACAUACAUACAAUUCUGGACACUGCUACACUUGUGGCUACACUGUUUGUUAUUUACAUGAUACGGUUCAAAUUGAGGUCAACUUAUAUGGUGGACAAGGACAACUUUGCAUUGUACUAUGUGGUGGUACCGUGUGCCGUGUUAGCACUACUUAUUCAUCCAUCGACAUCUCACAACAUUGUGAACCGGAUCUGCUGGGCGUUCUGUGUUUACCUGGAAGCUGUUUCGGUGCUGCCACAAUUACGCUUGAUGCAAAACACCAAGAUUGUUGAACCAUUCACAGCUCACUAUGUAUUUGCAUUGGGAGUCGCAAGGUUUCUUAGCUGUGCCCACUGGGUUCUACAGGUUUUGGACACGCGUGGGCGUCUGUUGACAGCUCUGGGCUAUGGCUUGUGGCCAUCUAUGGUGCUUCUGUCAGAAAUCGUGCAGACGUUCAUCCUUGCAGAUUUCUGCUACUACUAUGUGAAGAGUGUGGUUGGUGGGCAACUGGUGCUCCGGCUUCCCUCAGGGGUGGUGUAAGAAGUGCAGCUUGAUACAGAACUUUGUGGUUCACCGAUUCUUAUGUACUCUGAAUAACAGUUAUGCUCUAGUGCCCGACCUUCUGCUUCUCGUAUCAAACGUGAUACUGGAGCCUUUUCUUAGCUGAUAUUUUGAGUUUAAUUGCGGGAUCAUCUUAAAACAUAGGUUGUCGAUGUGACUGUUUAUAGCUGAUCAUGUCCUGAUACCUAAUCUCUAAGUACUUAGUUUCUGUAUGACUGUCGUGAUUUUAGAAUCAGGAGGUUAAUGGUGUCGUUUGGAUUAUAACCCGCGCAUGCUUUCUGGUA